AUGGUUCGCAAGCCCGGAGUGGAGGGCACUCUUCAGGCAGACCUCGGCUUCCUCUACAUUGCGUCAAGGCUGCUGGAGAUUUUGCAGCCGGAGCUAGGAAGGACUUCCUUCGCCGCGAUCGCGAGCGACAUCAGGACGGCUAUGCUGGAUGAGCUCGAUUUCCGCAAGGAAGCGAAGAACAUCGAAGACUUCACCGGAUUCCUGGAUAGGGCGGGCAUCUUGGAUGCUGUCGCCCCGAAGGUCUACGAGGAUCUCAGCUCGAAGCGGCUGCUGGUGAUGGAGCGCCUGAAGGGCGUGGCUCUCACCGACCUCGAAGGCAUCAAGGACUACAGCAGCAACCCGGAAGCCACCCUCAUCACGGCCCUCAACACCUGGAGCAUGAGCGUCAUGAUGGCUGAGAGCUUCCACGCGGACGGGCGCGUGGGCUUCAUCGACUUCGGGAUCGUGGGGCGCAUUCCGGAAACCGUCUGGUCCUCCCUCCGAGAUCUCAGCAACGGUUUCAUCACCAACAACUACCGCCUCAUGGCGACCUCCCUCGUGAAGAUGGGUGCCGCGGACGGCGAGGUGGACACGGACGCCUUCGCCUUCGACAUCGAGAAGGUCAUCGACAGCCUCGGCUCCAUGGAGGCGCAGGUGGACACGAGCGCCGUGAUCGACGAGGACACUGGGAACGUGUCAUACGGGACGUCGGUCAACUUCGACCAAGAGUCUAUCACUAGACUUCUGCUGGAUAUCGUCGGAGUGGCCGAGAACAACGGGCUUAAGCUUCCGAGGGAGUUCGGGAUGCUUAUAAAGCAAGCCCUGUACUUCGACCGCUACACCCGACUGCUGGCGCCGGAGCUGGACCCGCUCCGCGACGACCGGGUGACCCUGCCCAACGAGUACGGUCGCGCGGACGCGGGCCUGCGGUAGUCUAGACUCGAUGGUGACGUACGUCUACAGGCCGUGGUUGCUUGGUGUGGGGGUGGCACGUCCGUCCUCGAUUUUGGUGGCGAGGGGGGGGGCGGGUGUGAGAGAUGGUCUGUGCCCCGCGGGGGGCGGGGGGGGGGGGGGGGGGUGCAAACCCUUCCCGUCAAGGAAGGGCAUGUGCCUAAUCCAUGCGGUAGGUAUUCGGUGGUAAGCGACAGUCAGUUGUUGUUGUCCGAUGGUGGCAGCGGCUGAUGGGCCUGAGAGUAUGGAUGAUGCUACGCAGCUGCUGCUGCUGCUGCUGCAGGUAACACCAGGUGGGGGCCACGAUCAACCAGCCGCGGGGGACCAGACGGGAAGCGGUGGUAGCGAUGGGCGAUGAUGACUGAUUCUGUUCUGUAUGUGCGGUUGUCGAAAUCGAUAUUGGGGUGACGGGUGUGUUAUUGUUGUUGUCUUGACGGUAGUACAAUGCGUACGUGAGGCAUACCACCGCGAAAUAAGUCAAGGUCGGGGGCUUUGGUGUUGUAUCACAUGUACAAAAAAAGGAAAUUUUGACCGGGAUGUAGAGGUGGGCGAACAACAGGGGGUUGUUGGGGGGGUCGGGCAUGAAGAAUCGUCCACAACAUUGUUUUGCCUUGCGGCUGCGACCUCGUCCUAGCGUCCCCCUGAGAUGGAACAGACGGAUGAUCGAUCGAGGAAACUGCCGGCUUCAUUUUUUCUCUGUGGGCUUGCCGGGGACCAAUCUUCUUGUCAUUGCUAUCUUGUUUAUCGCUGGCUGUACAAAAGCGCACCACCCAAGGGUCCCCACAUGGUCGGGUGUGUCCGAGAUCACCGCAAAUCACAAAAAAUACGGCCACAGAGGGUUAGUCGAGUCGGCUGCCGAAACCGACAACAGAUGAUAGCGUGGCAAUGUUACGGACGAAAUUCUACGGAU